AUGUCGACCACUGCCAGGCUCCUGGCGCCCCUCCGCAGCGCAGCGCUGCUGCGGCCCCUUGCGCCCGCAAUGGCGGCCACGUCGGCCAGCAGCAGGUUGCUUCACACCACCUCCAGCCAGGCCCACGUCGACACCAGCAGCACAGACGGCAACCAGCCCCAGGGACACCUCCCCGGCAAGGCCUCCUCCGUCUUCCUCACCUCGCUCAACGACAGCUUCUUUGACAAGGUCACCCCCAACGUCCUCUCCGGAUCCAACAACGCCCAGGGCGGCAUCCCCACUUUCCGCCUCCUCGACGGCACCGGGAAGCUCCUCCCCGGCGUCACCGACGCCAUGCUCGACAUCACAAAGCAAGAGGCCGUCCGCAUGUACGAGACAAUGAUGCUCCUCCCCGUCAUGGACGUCGUCCUCUACAACGCUCAGAGGCAGGGCCGCAUCAGCUUCUACAUGACCAGCCACGGCGAAGAGGCCGCCGUCAUCGGAAGCGCAGCAGGUCUCGACCACAGCGACGAGGUCUUUACCCAGUACCGUGAGAUGGGCGUCCUCGUAUGGCGUGGCAUGCACCUCGACGACAUGAUGAACCAGGUCUUUGGCAAUGAGGGCGAUAUGGGCAAGGCCAGGCAGGCGCCCAUCCACUUUGGCAACCCUUCGCUCCACUUCCACAACGUCUCGAGCCCGCUCGCCACCCAGUUGCCCCAGGCGGCCGGCGCCGGGUUCGCGCUCAAGCGCACAAAGGGCAGGGAGAACAACGUCGUCAUUUGCUACUGCGGAGAGGGCGCCGCCUCCGAGGGCGACUUCCACGCCGGCCUCAACAUUGCCGCCACCACAAAGGCGCCCGUCAUCUUCUUUGUGCGCAACAAUGGUUUCGCCAUCUCGACGCCGAGCACGGAGCAGUUCUGCGGCGACGGCAUCGCCAGCCGCGGACCGGGCUACGGCAUGUUGACUAUUCGGGUCGACGGCAACGACGCGCUGGCGGUGCGAGCGGCGGUCAAGGAGGCCAAGGCAAAGUGCCUGGCAGAGUCGCGCCCGGUGCUGAUCGAGGCCAUGACGUACCGGGUGGGCCACCACUCGACGUCGGACGACUCGUCGGCCUACCGGUCGCGCGACGCUGUGGAAAACUGGAAAAAGAUGGACAACCCGCUGCACCGCAUGCGCAGCUUCCUCUCGGAGCGCGGCUGGUGGAACGACGAGAUGGAGGAAGAGAUCAAAAAGACGGCUCGCAAGCGCGUCAUCGACGCCAUGAACCGCGCCGAAAAGAAGAAGCGGCCGAGCGUGACGAGCAUGUUUGAGGACAUCUACAGCGGCGAGCUGCCGCAGAACCUCAAGGAGCAAAGGGCGGAGCUGGCACGACUGGUGAAAAAGUACGGCAAGAGCGAGGUGUGGGCAAAGGAGCUCAACAAGCACGCGGAGGAGGGCAGAGACCUGGAAAAGUACUAG